AUAAAAACCCCUGCAGGACUCUCUCACCAUCGCCCUCUCUCCCCGCGGUGAUGGAACCGCCUCCCCUUCUCCAAAAUCUUCCCUCCCCUCACCAAGGCGCUGCCUCCUCUCCUCCCAAACCCUGCCUUUGUGCAUCUAGGCGAAAUCUUUUUCUACCUUAAUAGAGAUAAAGGUCUACCCUUCUCCACCCCAACCUUUCCAAAUCCCCAUGAGGGCUCCCACCCAGCACUCAACAGCCAUUGCCCGACUCUGCUCCACCCAUCGGAACUUCCCCUCCCACGCGCCCAAAACCGAUUCUUUCGACGCCUCCAGCAGAUCCCCAUCCAUCAAAACCCUCGCCAGUGCCGGCCGCCUAAGGGACGCCUUCCGAUUGCUGAUUUUCCGCCGCCACCUCGGCCUUCCAGUCCACCCGGACUAUUUUGUAGCCAUCCUUAAGCCCUGUGCCUUUCCCGAGACGCUGAUGGAGGGGAGGCAGCUCCAUGCCCACAUGGUAAUCACUGGUUUCAAUCAGGAUCCCUUCAUCUGCAACCAUUUGAUCCAUAUGUACUGCAAAUGUGGUUCCUUGGAUGAUGCCCACUGGGUUUUCAGGGGGAUGGGGAAGAAAAAUUUGCAUUCUUGGAACAUCCUGAUUGCUGGUUUUUGCAGGUUUGGAUUUUUAAGUGAAGCCAGGCAGUUGUUCGAUGAAAUGCCUAAAAGGGAUGCAGCUUCUUGGAAUACGAUGAUUUCAGGCUAUGAUCAGUGGGGUCCUUGUGAGGAGGCGUUGGGGAGUUUUGUCAGGAUGAGACGUACAGAUUGUAAUGUGGAUCAUUUUGGUCUUGCAAGCGUGAUCAGUGCUUGUAGCAAUCUCAGAUUCUUAGGGAAUGGGAGAGGGUUGCAUGCAUGUUCUGCCAAGACCGGGCUCGAUUCACAUGUACAGGUUGGUGGUGCCCUUAUUGGAUUGUACGCAAAGUGUGUGGCAUUGAAGGAUGCUAGGAGGGUUUUUGAUGAGAUAGGUGCUAAGGAAUUGUUUACAUGGAAUUCUAUGCUCGCAGGUUAUGUUCAGUGCUCAAAGAUCGAUGAGGCACUUCUGUUCUUUAAGGAAAUGCCAGAGCGGGAUGUGGUUUCUUGGACUACAGUUGUUGCUGGUCUUGCACAGCACGAAAGGAAUGAGGAAGCAAUUGGAUUAUUUCAGAAAAUGUGGGAAGCUGGCUUGAUGCCUGAUCAGAUAUCUUUUGUUAGUGUUUUAAAUGCAUGCGUUGGGGUUUUGGAUUUUGAAGAAGGGUUUAAGAUUCAUGGCCAGAUAAUGAAACGUGGAUUUGGAACUGAUGUGAAUGUUGGAAGUGCAAUUGUGGUAUUUUAUGCAAAAUGUGGGUGUAUGAAUGAUGCGAAAAGAGUCACAGAUGGUAUACCUUUGGUUGAUGACUUCUCAUGGAGUGUAUUGAUAGAUCAAUAUGCAAAGCAUGGACAAAUUGAUAGUGCCCAUGAAUUGUUUCGAAGUUUGGAAGUAAGGAGUAUUCCAUUAUGGAAUGCCCUGAUUGGGGGUUAUUCUGAACUUGGACUUCAUGAAGAGGCUUUCAAAGCAUUCGAAGAGAUGCAGAUGGAUGGAAAAAGGGGUGAUGAGUUCACCUUUGGAAGCCUCGUUAUGGGUGUUGACCUUUUGGGCAUGAAAUAUGGCGAACAACUCCAUUCACAAAUAAUCAAGGUUGGCGUUGAUUUUUCUGUUUUUGUAGGUAGUGCUCUCAUUGACAUGUACAGCUACUGUUUAGAAUGUGAAGCUGCUGUGAAAAUAUUUAAUUCGAUUCAGCAACCAAAUCUUGUGUCAUGGAAUUCCAUGAUCUCUGGGUAUGGUUUAAACAACAUGGACCGGGAGGCUAUACUUACAUUUCGUCUAAUGAUGGCUUUAGGUGUAAAACCAGAUAAUAUCACAUUGUCACUUGUUCUUGAUUCAUGCUCAAGUUUAUUGGUGCUAUGUGAGGGAACCCAGUUUCAUGCUUUAGCCCAUAAAUUGGGAUUUGAUUCAGAUGUUGUGGUUGGAAGUGCUUUAAUAGACAUUUAUUCAAAGUGUGAGAACAUGGACCAUGCAGCUCAAGCAUUCAGUGACAUACAUGGGCACUCUGUUGUUAGCUGGACUUCACUGAUUGGUGGUUACAUAAGAUGUGGAAUGUGGGCUAAAGCAAAGAAGCUUUUUGAACUAAUGCCAGAGCGGAAUGUUGUUUCUUGGAAUGCAAUGCUUUCAGGAUGUGCAAAAUAUGGCUUUGGAUUAGAGGUGCUAAAUCUUUAUUAUCAAAUGAAUAAAUCAGGUCUACUUCCAGAUCGAGUAACCUUUUUUACUGUCCUAUCAGUUUGCAGCAACUUUUUGCUGGAGGAGAAUGGGAAACUGGUACAUGCCCAGAUAUUUAAAACUGGCUACCAUAUGAAUCCACAUGUCAGCUCUGCCCUGACUGAGAUGUACCAGAAACUUGGAAAGCUUGCAGAUAGGGCUGAUAGAGCAGAGCCUGAUGCUGUAUCAGGGAACAAUUGAACGUUUGGCAUGUUUUUGUUUCACUUGCUUUCAUUGGAUGAGAUUCUGCAGCAGAAGAAGGUAGCUCUUCUUGUUUUUGGUUCUGCAUGAAGCACCUUCCACAUCAGAUCAGUUAGAAUGUACAUGCUGGUCCUCUUUAACAUACUAUUUGAACAUCUGAAUAUUGGCUUGGUCAAAAGAUUUAGCCAGUUGCUUGAAGGGCAAACAGAUAGCCAAAGAUGUAGAUGCUGUGGUUGAUGAAGCAUGUGACUGCUAUGUAUCUGGGGGGCCGAGGCAAACUGUGGAUCUGAUUUGCUCGGGGCAGUUUAUUUAAGGGCAUUUUCUCUGGUGCUGUGUUAUCCAUUAAACGUCAAAUGAAGCCAUACAAGAUGGUAUAGUAGCUGAACAAGUUCUUAUUGGAAGGGUAAUCUUGUUUGGUCUGAGCUAUCCAAACAUUCAUUAAGAGUUCGCAUGCAAAAAGAUUGGCGAAGUCAGUUGAAGGGAUCCUUGAAGGCUCAUGGUGCAUGUCCUGCAGGACAAAAACAAUGAGAGCAUCAUUGUUGUAUGACAGUCUGCUGAGGAAAAAGGGGGAAACUUGGAAAAUAAGAAGCAAAAAUUUCCACAAGAAUGGAGAGGAGAAACUCUCUGGUCCUUAGCAAUCCUCACGCUCCCACAUGCUCUCAAGAGAGAAAUAGGGACAGAAAAGAGGGCGUCGAGUGCGAUGGGAAGCAGAGAGAGAACGUGAGCUACCGAUCCUGGUGGUGGAGGACCCUGGUGAUGACUCUGAUUCCAAUGCCUCCACCUCUUCCGCUGCCACCCACCACCACUCCGAUCGGGAGAAACAAUCCUACUAUGCAGACAUUUUGCAAAGUCAUCCGUAGUUGGGCUUCAAAAACGUUUAUGACUGGGUGUGUUAUCUUGUUUCCAAUAGCGAUCACUUUCUACAUCACAUGGUGGUUUAUCCAUUUUGUGGAUGGAUUUUUCUCUCCAAUUUAUGCUCAACUUGGAAUUAAUAUAUUUGGGCUUGGUUUCAUAACUUCCGGAAUGUUCAUCUUCUUGGUUGGAGUGUUCAUGUCAUCAUGGCUGGGGGCGUCUGUUCUUGGCCUCAGCGAGUGGCUUAUCAAGCGGAUGCCAUUUGUUUGACAUAUAUAUGAUGCGUCCAAGCAAAUUAGUGCUGCUAUAUCACCUGAUCAGAAUAAACAAGCCUUCAGGGAAGUGGCCAUCAUUAGGCACCCCCGAAAUGGUGAAUAUGCAUUUGGAUUCUAACUUCAGCUGUUGUUCUUCAGAAUUUAUUCUGAUGAAGAGGAACUAUGCUGUGUCUACGUGCCAACUAACCAUGUGUACAUUGGUGACAUAUUUCUGGUCAUCUCCAAGGAUGUCAUCAGACCGAACUUAUCUGUCC